AUGACUGCUGAAGGCAAUAUUUGGAACGCCAGAAAACAGCCACAUGAAAAAGUGCUAUUUUUCUUCGAUUUCGGUGCACAGAAAACAGUAAACAGAAAAUCUUGCAGAACAACUCGGUCUACCCAAGAACACAACACCGAAAUCUGCACCAUGUCCGGAAUUGGCGGGCAUGUCGAGUGCUUCGAAAGUCAUAUGGUUCCGGUCAGACUAGGAACUGCUUUCAGUGAAGAAAUGUGCAUGACCAUACAGACCAAACCAGUCAUAACAAACGGAUUUCCUUCAGUGAAAUUGAACGCAGAAGAUAUUGAGUUAUUGAAAACAAACACUAUCUGCUUAGCAAAUUCAAAGCUUCGUGGUGAGCAUCAAAACCCACACUUUCUCGUUGGACUGGACUACUACUACGAUUUAGUUACGGAUCCAGCAAACGGAAUCCGAACACCAUCUGGUUUUCAUAUAGCAACAACAGUUUUUGGACCCACAAUCUAUGGUCGAGGAAUCAGCAAGGUAAGUGGAACCGCUAACACAGUAUGUCACAGCCUGACAGGAAUUUCCGAAAACACGGAACAAGAACUCUUACAGAAAAUGUUUGAGUUGGACGGCCUCGGUAUCAUGCCGGAAGAAACCCAGGGAGACGAAAAAGUUCAAAGAUAUUUCGAGAAAUACUCGAAAUUGAUCUCAUUUGAAACAUCACAUCACAGCUCCCUUUCUGCUGAAGGAGAAUGUAAUCCAAUUGGAAAACAACUACUCAGUAGCUAUAAGAAGGUUAGCGAGCUUGUGAACAAAUAUGUCAACGAAGGAAUCGUAGAGACCUUCGAUACACUAGACCGCUAUGCGGCUGGAAUCUAUUACAUGCCACAUACAGGGGUAUGGAAACCACAGAAAAAGGAUAGUCCCCUUUAA